AUGCCGUCCGUUCUCUCGCUCAUCGGAGCUGUGACGGUCACUACAAUAUCAAUGCGCCUCAUCCUCUUCCUCCAGCCCUACCUGAAGCCCUCGAAGCUCGACCGCUACCUCACGGAGAAAGACUCCUGGGCCCUGGUAACAGGUGCAACUGAUGGUCUCGGCCUAGCCUUCGUCCAAGAACUCGCACAUCGGGGCUUCAAUGUCGUCAUCCACGGCCGCGACCCGGACAAGCUGAAUGGCAUCAAGACACAGCUCGAGAAGCAGUAUCCUGGUCGUCGGUUCCAGAUACUCGUCCUCGACGCCAGCACCACUACGCCCCAGCAGAUCACCUCACUCUCGCUUCCUCCGAUCUCCGUCCUAAUCAACAAUGUAGGCGGCGGCCCACCGGGCCGCCUCUGGCUGCGCUUCCACGACCGCACAGUCCAGGAAGUAGCGGAUAUGGUCACUAUGAACGCCACUUUCACGGCAAUGCUCACCCACCGGGUCCUCGGCGACUUACAGAAGACGCAGCCACCACGCCUGGUCAUCAACGUCGGCUCGGUAGUCUCCUCUCUCCACGCAGCCUGGAUGGAACCCUACUGCGGUACCAAAGCCUUCAUCGAAUCCUUCAGCGAAGCUCUACACGUGGAGAUGGUCGCCGAAGGCCACGACAACAACGUGGAAAUAAUGUGUCUGAAAGCAGCAAGCAUAAGCACGAAAUCAAGUCAGUUGCCGCCAUCAUUCACAGCGCCGACGCCGCGAGUGAUGGCAAAGGCAGGACUGGAUCGGGUUGGGAGUGGGAGGGUGACGACGGGGCCAUUGUUGAGGCAUGAGGUCAUGUUCGCGGUAAUGGGAAUGCUUCCGAAGGCGACUCUGUCGAAGGUUAUAAAUAGUAUGAACAGCUUCAAGAUUGGUAGGGGUUGA